UUAGCCCAGCGGGGUGAGAAGCCGGCCACAGGGAUGGAUGAGGCCAGUCCCUGCCUGCAGUGGAGCCGUGGACAACAACCACCUCUGGGACACCAUGUGGCACUGGAAUCCCAGCCCCAUGGCCGAGGUGCCAUGGGGUCUUUGUGCUCUGACGUGGCCAGACGUCCCAACCUGCCCAGAAAAGCUCAAGCAGCACAAAAUCAUCUUCGUGGUGGGUGGCCCCGGCUCGGGGAAAGGGACACAGUGUGAGAAGAUUGUGCAGAAGUAUGGCUACACCCACCUGUCCACGGGGGACCUGCUGCGGGCAGAGGUCAGCUCUGGCUCAGAGCGGGGCAAGAAGCUGCAGGCCAUCAUGGAGAAGGGAGAGCUGGUGCCCCUGGACACGGUGCUGGACAUGCUGCGGGACGCCAUGGUGGCCAAAGCAGACGUGUCCAAGGGCUUCCUGAUCGACGGAUACCCCCGCGAGGUGAAGCAGGGAGAGGAGUUUGAGAAGAAGAUCGCCCCCCCCACGCUGCUGCUGUACGUGGAUGCGGGGAAGGACACGAUGGUGAAACGCCUGCUGAAGCGAGGCGAGACCAGCGGGAGGGUGGAUGACAAUGAGGAGACCAUCAAGAAGCGUUUGGAGACCUACUACAAGGCCACUGAGCCUGUCAUUGCCUUCUACAAGAGCAGAGGCAUCGUCCGCCAGCUCAACGCCGAGGGCUCCGUGGAUGAGGUUUUCCAGCAAGUCUGCACCCACCUCGACUGCCUGUAACCAAACCCCCGGCCCCAAUUCCCCUCAGUGCACUCCAGCAGAGACAGCGGAAGCGGCUUUAUCCUGUUUUCGUGGACGGAGCCGUGCGGAGGAAAUUUCAAGGACAUUGUGUUUGGCUCUUUCCCGUCUCUCCCCAGUAAAGUUCACUUUAA